AUGGCAUCAGCAUCAUCAUCAUCAGUUAUCACAAAACAAAGUACUUACGAAAUUGUUUCAACGAAUCUCAAUUCACCUAUUGAGAAAAUUCAAGACUACAAAAAUUUAGAUUUAGAACCUUUCGAAAAAAAUUCAAUAUGGUCUGAUGAAUAUCUUUCACAACUAAACAUUCAACGUCGUCCUUUUGAUUUUCAAAUUGAACUCAUUCAAUCUGUUAUAAACAGUGAAAAUGCAAUUGUUAGUUUACGAACAGGUGCAGGAAAAACAUACAUAGCUGCACUUUUAAUCAAAUAUUAUUAUAUGAAAAAACGAAAAGAAAAAGAUGAACAAUUUUUAACAUUUUUCUUUAUUCCUCAUCGUUCAAUUCGUGAUCAACAAGUAGCAGCUAUACGUGAUGCUGGCGAUCUUCGUGUUAUGCCUUGUGACGAUGAUUCAACAGCUAAUGAAUUUGUUCAAUAUAGUCAUGUUGUUGUUUGUACACCACAAAAAUUUUUGAAUUGCUUAAUCGAUAAAACUAUUCUUUUAAAUCAAAUUGAUUUGUUAAUAUUUGAUGAAUGUCAUAAUUGUAUUGGAAAUCAUCCAUAUUCGAAAAUUAUGGAACAAUAUUUAGUUUAUCAUCAAGCGGACCAUCAACCGAGAAUAAUUGGUCUUACUGCUUCAUGUGGAACGAAACUAACGAAUUCAAAGUUAAUAUAUGAAGAGUUAUCAAAUGUUGAACAGCGUCGUAAUAAUGCUCUCAAUAAACUUUAUGAAUUAUGUGCAACACUCAAUUGUUAUAAUGUUGUAACUGUAAGCAAAGAAGAACAUAUUGAAGAAUUGAAUAAAAAAAUACAUAGACCAACAGAUGAUGAAAUUCUCACUGUUCAAUCAAUGUCAUUUGAUCAGUAUAUACAAAAAUUAGUAGAAUUAAUUAAAUCCUUGUUGGGAUAUAUUGGAUCUCAAUGUUCUCCAACUAUUGAUGCAUUAACUGAUGAACAACAAUUAGUUCAAGAAAAAUAUGAUGCAGAGAUAAAGAACAAUUUAACUAAUGUGAUACUGAUUAAAUACAUGAUUAUGUUUGUCAAAAGACUCAAUGCAUUAACUGAUUUACCAUUAAAAUCAAUAAUAAAUGAUAUCAUCAAGAAAAUUGAUCUAUUUUACACUAAAAAAGAAACGCCAAUAGAUAUUGAAACUGAAGUUCAUGAUUAUUGUCUACAAAUAAUAAAUAGUAUAGUCGAUCAAUUGAAAGAUAGUCAAUAUUAUUUAACAAAUCCUAAACUUGAUUUUUUGACUGAUUUGUUACAACGGCUGAUUAAACAAAGAGACAAUGCGAGAGGAUUAAUUUUAGUAUCUCGUACACUUUAUGCAAAAUUGAUGUUUGAUUAUUUCAAUGAACGUGAAGAUGUUAAGAAUAGUCUUAGUGAACAAGAUGAAGCAUUGAACAAUUUUCGAAAAGGAUUGUCGAAUGUGUUAAUUGCUACAGAUAUCAUACAAGAAGGUUUGGAUGUACCAGAAUGUUCUUUUGUUAUACGUUAUGAAUUUGUUUCAAAUGAAAUUGGCACAGUUCAAUCAAGAGGACGGGCUCGAGCAGAGAAAAGCUCUUGUUUUUUAGUUGUUGAUGCAGGAUCAAAAAAUUACAUAAAAGAGAUGACAAAUCGUUUUAAAGAAUUGGAAAUGUUAGAGGCUCUUAACAGUUGGCAACAAAUAUCAUCUGAUCAAUUGAAAGUUAAUCUUCAAAAAGUGCAGAAUAUAAUUAUUGAUCGAUGGCGUGUCGAAACAGAACUGAAACAAUUAAUGCAAUCUAAUUUAAAAGAUCCACAGACCACAGAUGGUAAAGUUUCAUGUCGCUCAUGUGAUUAUUAUUUGGGUCAACUUUCAUGGAUACGCAAGCGAAAUAGUAAUUAUUUUAUUCAACAACAACAACUCAUCGAACGAGUAGAAAUCGAAUGGUUUUCUGAAGCACAAAAAUUCAAAGAAAUACAAGUGAAUGGAAAAGUUCGAUGUGGUAAUAGACAAUGUCGUGAGGACAUAGGUGGAGCCCAACAAUUUACAGAUCGACCAGAUAUCAAAGAAAUAUGUGCACUGGCAUAAUCAGCAUCAGCAUCCCUACGAGCAGAUAGCCGCCAAGCAAACAGUCAUACCGAAAUAUGUCCAAUAGCUUCGUCUGAACUGACAUUACUUUCUUCUAAUAAACGAGGACUUAAAUUAUUAUUCUAUGAAACAGCAAAUUCCAAACGAAUAGCAAUAAGAUGUUGA